UGUAGCCUGUGUGGAAUAUGCAGGGUAUACACCUUUGCGUCGUACGACCUAUAACCCCAGCCAUCUGUCAUCAGUCGAUGGAAAGAUGGCGGAGAUGUGACAGGUGGCCAAAAGUGGCGGGUGCGCACGGCAUCGAACGUUGUCGAUUUAAUUUGAGCACAGGUGGCCCACGGGACUGAUUGCAUUCCUUCAAGGCCGCCCGGAUCCGGCAUAAAUCUGACGGUUUGCGCUGCACUUUCCUCUCGUUUGUUCUGCUUUACUGUUUGGAUUUUCGUUCUUUUGCGGCGUAUCGAGUCCGGAGUUCUAUCAUGUCGGUUACCAAGAGCAAGGAAGUCGGCGCCGUAACAGACGAAUCAGGUCUCGUUGAGACCUCGGAAGAUGACGGGUGGAUCAAGGUUCCGCAGGCCGAUCAGUACACCGGUCAGCGCGAGAGUCCAAUGGAGGAGGAGAUGGUAUUUGGGGCUAAGUCGUCCAAUGGAGGGGCUGGCCUGGAACUACAGCAAGCGCGAGCGACUCUGUCUGAAUCUCUCCAGGCGCUAGAGGGAGCUUUCCAAGCUGUCGCAGCGGCACAGCGAGCUCUCGACGCGUUGGAGAUACGCGACCCGAAGCACGAGAAGUUAGGCCGUGAAUGCCCGACGUGCGGAGACGCCACCGCUUCCGAAGCGCACGAAGACGACGACGACGACGACGCGAGCUCAAUCGUCACGGAAUCCUCGUCGGGCUUGCCAGAGGUUGUGCAAAGCUACUACAGCAAAGAGCGCAAAGUCUACAUUGCGCGACAGCGACUCCAAGAACUGGACGCCGAUCAUCUGCAAGACAUACUUGAGCGCGAAGACACUGCGACCGCUCUGCACGAAACCCUAUCUGCAGGGCAUGAAGCGGGAGAUACGUACUCGCUAAGACGGCAAGAGCUCUGCAGAACACUUCAAAUGGCCGAGAAAAAGGCCGAGGCGUGGCGGCAAGCUUGCCUCGCUCAGGAGAUCGAUCCGGCGCCGUUUCGAUUCCGCAGUCUGUCGGAUCAUCGGUGCUGUUCUCCACUGCCGUUCCUGGGUGACGAUGUGGCGUCAGCUGCAGCCAUUGAAGGAGGUCAAGAGCUGCCGAAGGAACGAUGCAGCUACGAAAAUGUUGUCUUGUGGACGGCUGAGAACAAUCCUGAGGACUUGGUGCAGUGGGACGAGUGAAGUUCGACGGGUGUGUUGGACGCGACCAGUCCAAGCGGCAUUCGAUUGCUGAGCGGAACGAUCGAUCAGAGUGAGACGAACGGUCGGUGUUCAGACAGCUGUUGUGGUUGGAGAUGGUCAAGGGUCGGUGUGGUGAAAAGGCUUCGUUUCUAGCGUCUGAAUACCCUCUUAGAGUAGCAGCGCUCCACAGCGCAAUUAAAUUGAGUCAUUUUGCCUGAAGGUGUUGCAGGAACUGGAUGCCUUUAC